ACUUUUUCUCUCGGCAGCGCACACAAAUCGUCUUGCGGUCAACUCAAGAGGGUAGAGUGAAAGGUACCUUUAGGUGUGAAAAGCGUGCUCGCCAGCGAACUUUUCUCCAAGACCACUGACUAACCAGAGGGCGCCUUAUCACAGACUGUCCUGCAAUGUAAUGAUACAACAGAGCAGAAGAUACCGGAUUCUCCCACCUACUGGUUGACGUAGAUUUGACUAGCCGAGCCUACUGAGAGUCUGCCUUGGAAAUCAUGGGGAAUUCAACGAAGAGACUUUUCCUGUCUUUAGCCAUGCUAUUGACAGUGUUUUUUCAAGAAUCUCACCAAGGAAAGCAUGAGAGGAGACUGCUUGACACGUUGUUUGUGGAUCGAGCACACAAUGUUCUAGAGCGACCCGUUGCCAAUGAAAAAGACGUGCUGAACGUUACGUUCAGUCUUACACUACAGCAGAUUCUGGAUGUGGAUGAAAAGAAUCAGAUUAUCCACACCAACAUUUGGCUGGACAUGACAUGGACAGAUUACACAUUUAUUUGGAAUGAAGCAGAAUUUGGAAAUAUUUCUGCAAUUCGAAUACCCGCUGGCAAGUUAUGGAAACCCGAUGUUCUUCUGUACAACAGUGCCAGCGAAGCCUUUGACGGAACCUACCACACGAACGUUGUGAUCUACAGUAGUGGGUACAUGAACUGGAUCCCGCCCGGCAUGUUCGGCAGCUCCUGCCACAUUGACAUUACGUGGUUCCCGUUUGACAUGCAGUUCUGUAAACUGAAGUUUGGCACAUGGUCCUAUGAUGGCUCUCAGGUGGACCUGGUUUUAAAGUCCGAAAAGGGCGAUAUAUCGUCCUUCAUCAAGAACGGCGAGUGGGAUUUGUUAGGUGUCACCGCCAAGCGUAAUGAGAUCUACUACGACUGCUGUCCAGACACCCCGUACGUGGAUGUCACCUACACCAUCAACAUUAAGAGACGGACAUUGUACUAUGGCUUUAACCUCAUCAUUCCCUGUGUGCUGCUGUCGCUGCUCGCCAUCCUGACGUUCAUGUUGCCACCGGAUGCAGGAGAGAAAGUAUCACUUGCUGUGACUAUAAUGCUGUCACUGACCGUGUUUUUGAUGAUCGUGGCGGACGUCUUACCACCGACGUCCGAUGCGGUGCCUUUGAUAGUGAUAUACUUUGGAAUGAUACUUGCCCUGUGUUCCAUGUCGGUGGUGUUUUCUGUUCUUGUGCUGAGUUAUCACCAUCGCGCAGACGACACACACGACAUGCCAAGCUGGGUGAAAUAUGGUAUAUGUGAGUGGUUGGCAUGGAUCCUUUUCGUGUCACGCCCAGGUAAGGACCUGUCCAGAAAGGCCAUCCUUCAGCGUCAGAAGCUGCGCAAGAUGGAGGAGAAGCAGCGAAAUUCCCCCAGUCUACUCGCUAACGUUGCAGAGGUCGACGACUACCACAGAAAUGGUCUUAUGGGCGUCAAAGUGGACCGCGACACCCGUUCAAAAGAACACUUCAGCUCCGACAGCCAUGCAUGCUCCACUCGUAAUGAACUCCGCAAUAUUUACAAAGAACUCAAAGUCAUUACAGACAAGAUGAAAGACGACGACUCGAGUUCGGUGGUUUCGUCUGAUUGGAAGUUUGCGGCCCACGUGAUCGACCGUUUGUGUCUCAUAACUUUCAGCGCUGCUAUAGUAAUUUGUACUCUGGUUGUGUUGGCAUCCACACCACAUGGUAUCAUGUAACCGUGUUAUGUUGCUGAACGUCACUCAAAUGGUGACUGGUUGCCAAAGGGAACAGUGGUGCAUGUAUAUAUAUAUAUACACUUCCAUCGGUUUAAAUACGACCAGAAUGUACGUGCUGCCCACUGCCGAACGAGGACAAAAUUUUGACUCGUAGCAUGACGUUUUCAGGUAGCAAAACAUGUCUCUGAUCUUCGUUCAUGUGGACUUCACAGUUUUUGGUGGGUGGCGAUAAAUUGUGUCGUUUUCUCUUUUAUGCACAACGAUCUUAAUCCAGUGAAACUCAGCAGACGAUUGUGUUUGUCUAUCAGUCUUGGAACACAUCCUUUGAUAAAACUGUAAAAUAAACCAACCCGACUCCUUUUGUAUAUACACAUUGUAUAACCCUGCCAUUCCAGUUCAAUAACUGCCAUUCCCCUUGUGUGGUUGCAAGCUUUCGAUGUUGCAAAUAUUUUCAGCAAAAUCAAAAUCAAAUGAAUAUCCAGCGAUGCCAAAGAAUACAUGUGCUGAUAACAAAGUGAGGGUGGAUUUCUUUUUGUGUUUUAUUGUGCACGGCUGCUCUGUAUUAUCUUGACUGUCGUGUAUCUCCCUUUUGCAAAGUGAGUUUUAGCAAUUUAAGAUGGAUUUGUCCAUAUGUCUCUAUUGAAAUUUUCUAACCUGACUAUAAUACUCACUCACGGUUGUGCUAAUUCUGUAAAGCUAAGUGCACAUGUGUAUAUUAAUAUAUAAAUAUAUGUCUUAUGUCUGCACGCGUGGUUAGUGUACUAUUAUGGAAGCAAUCCAUGACAAUGUUUGACUGAGAUUAUUAAUUAAACGAAAAAUGCAUUAAAUAUCUUUCGAGAUCACAGUUUUGACUUUCAUAUAGUCUAAUUUGAACCAGUUGCAUUAAUAAAUCAGUUGACCAAAUGUGCAUUAGUAUAGAGGAAUCACAAUUCAUUUCUUAUAAAGAAUAAAGCGAUUUGU